AAAAAAAAAAAAAAAAGAAUCGUCAAUUCAAACCAAAUAAGAGAAGAAAAGGAUUAAGCAACUGAGAUUUUGCUGGUAGUAAUAGAUCAACGAAAUCCGAAUUUCUUGGAUGUUGUUGCGUGGCCCAGAGUCAUCGUGUGCUCUACUCCUCACUUGAGGAUUCAAGUCCUGCAUGGGGUUGUAUAUGUAACAUCAUCAUGUUUCCUGCUCAUCAAAGUUUGGGUGGCUAUUAUUAUCAUGACUCUUUCCUAAGCUUAGGCGGACUGAUGGCUGAGGGAGCCGACGACAAUAUCAGGUGUAGUGAAGAAGCAACAGCCAAAGAUAUUAAUAAUAAUCAAGACAAAGACAAAGACAAAGACAAAGACAAAGACAAAGAGGAAGAUGGAGGGUGGCUUAGAUUGAGUCUAGGAUCUAGGAUAGAUCUGUCACCUGCUGCAGGUAGUACUAGCAGCAGCAGCAGCAGCCCUGGUGAUCAUAUUCAUGAGGUUGCUUUAACAACCACGCCUCCUCCUCCGCAGCAGCUGAGUUUUCAAUUUAGAGGGUCCAUCCCGAUAACACCAUCACCACCUACCUUUUUUCUACAGCCACGCCGAGGUCAAUACCACCACCACAUGAUUAAUACUAGUUAUUUGCCAUCUUCUUCUUCUUCUUCACUCCGCCCUAGACCAGCAGCAGCUCCUUCUGGUCUUUGGUUUAUUCUUCAACCCUCUCAAACCCAGAUAAAAGAACCCUAUUUGCCUCAACUACCCAAGCGCUACCUUAGAAUCAAGGAUGGAAGGACGACUGUCGGAUUGUUAAUCAAGUAUUUGGUUUAUAAACUCCAACUGGAUGCCGAAUUUGAGGUAGAAAUAACAUGUAAAGGAAAACAGCUUUUGCCGUUUUUGAGCCUGCAACAUGUAAGAGAUAAUAUAUGGAAUAAUACGCCCGGAAAUGAAGUGGUGUUUCUUAACUCCUCCUUCUCCUCAGCCAGCUCUAUCGAGCAUCUUAUGGUGCUUAACUAUGGUAGGAUUGCAUCACCAAUCACGUCUAAUUAGUUUGUAACAAUGAUCCCCUUUAAUAGUCAGUCAUGGAGGCAGGCAGGCAUGUGGCCAUCCAUCAUCUAUUUAUUCGAUUUAUCUUUUGUUUACUUGUUUUUUGUUUGUAGCCGUAAUUAAGCCGACUUGUAUCAAGUUACAACUAGCUCGUCGACCUGAAAACUCAUAGAACAAACCUUCAUAUA